AUGGGGGGGUUUGAUGACGACGACUUGCACGACUACGAGAACGAGGACUUGGGAUUUGACGAGGACGCGCUGAACGACGACGAAUACGACCAGCUGUACGACGCUCUUCCCAAGCUCAAGGCCCUCGCGAAGAACUACCAAGUCGACGAAAAGUCGUUGAAAGAAAUCCUCUGGAGCAAUUACUUCAGCGUAGACGACUCUUUCAAGGAGGUGAAACAGAACUACAAGCGUGAGUAUGACGAAGAGCGCACGGGCCUGCGCGGGCUCAGGAGCGAGGGCAACGCGGGCUUGUCUGGUCUUCUUGGGAAGGUCAAGGACACGCCGAAACGGGAGAGACUGAGAAGGCCCCGGCCGGCUGACGACAAACAGGAGGGGCAGACUGCCACUCCACAAGCGGACGUACAGGGCGCUCGAGAAACGCAGAAACCGGACGAGACCGAGCCCAUCUGCUUGCUUCCGCCCCUUCCCGCCACCACAGCGUUCAACAUACUAACCACCACUCCCGCCAGCCUGGUUUCGCUCCUUUUUGUGCGCCCCACAGAGCCUCCGACUCCGCUGCCCGCGGUCAGUCUUUAUACUAACUCCGAUCUAGCGAAGAAAGCCGCUGUGAAUUUCGAGAAGCCGGGCCCGGACGACCACAAAGUAGAGACUAUCACAGAGAAGGUGGCUAAGGUCAAGAUAAAAGAGCCCAAGCCGGUGGCAUCCAAGCCAAAGCAGAAAAUCAACAUCGACGCCGAGCUGGCGAAGAAAAACAGCAAGCCAAACCUGUCUUUCGUCGUGAUCGGCCACGUCGACUCCGGCAAGUCUACCUUGAUCGGCCGGCUGCUGUACGACCUGGGCAUUGUCGACUCCAAAACGCUGCACAAGCUCACUAAGGAGAGCGACGCGAUGGGCAAGUCGUCGUUCUCGCUCGCGUGGAUCAUGGACCAGACGCAGGAGGAGCGGUCCAGAGGCGUCACCGUCGACAUUUGCCAGACGCAGAUCGAGACGCCAACGCAGAAGUUCACCAUUAUCGACUCUCCCGGCCAUAAAGACUACGUUCCGCAGAUGAUCAACGGCGUGAGCCAGGCCGACCUGGCGGUGAUGAACAUCGACGCAAACUCGUUCGAGAGCGGGUUCAGCAACCAGGGCCAGACCAAAGAGCAUCUGACCAUUGCCAAAAGCCUCGGCAUCGAGCGGUGUGUGGUGACGAUCAACAAGCUGGACGUUGUGCAGUGGUCGCAGACGGUGUACGACGCCAUCUGCGACCAGAUACGGCAGUUUCUAGUCGACGAGCUAGCGUACGACGCAGCGAACCUGGUUUUCGUGCCGACGUCUGGUUUCCUCGGCGACAACGUUGUCAAGCCAAGCAAGAAGCUGCCCUGGUACACGGGUCCUACGCUGAUGCAAGCGUUGGAGCAGGAAAACAGAGCAAUCAGCCACGUUGUGGACAGGAGCUCGCCCUUUGUCAUGGUGAUCAGCGACAUCCAAGAGUCCAGCAAGAGCGACGAGCUGGUGGUCAGCGGACGUAUCAACUCGGGCAUCAUCCAGCCCGGCGAGAGCGUGAGCAUUUCUCCGAGCCUGGAGGUGGCCGUGGUGGACUCGAUCUCGAUCACGGCGUCGAGCGUCGGGUCGUCGGUGACCAAGCACGAUCUGCAGAAACUGGCGCAGGAAGGCGAGUUUGUGGAGCUGAGGCUGAAGAAGCUGGCGUCGCGGGAAAAUAUAAAAGCCGGCGACGUGGUGACUCUGUCGUCGAACGCUCUGCAACCGGUGAAAAAGUUCAAGUGCGAGCUGAACCUUUUCAACAUCGAGCGGCCGCUUCUCGUGGGCACGCCCUUUGUGCUGUUCAAAAACGGGAUCUCCGUGCCGUCGCGGCUGAGCGAGAUCGAGUCGAUUGUGGCGAAGGACGGCAGGAGCAGGAAGCGGCGCCAUCUCAGCUCGAACAGCACGGCCGUGGUGGUGGUGGAGCUGCUCGAGCGAGAGCUGCCGCUGGUGACGAUCGCACAGGACCCCAAGCUGGGUCGCGUGGUCAUCCGGAAAGACGGACGGAGCGUCGGCGCGGGGAAAAUCCUCGAGCUGGUGGCAUGA